CUCUAGCUUAAGAAAAUUGUAAACACGACGUGGACUUGGAGUAAUUAUUAGAAUUUAGCCAAAAUAAUGCAACAAAUCAUAGCAAUUUUCUUGCUGGCGCUUGGUUGCCAGCAAAUUCAUGCCGAGCUGACGGCCGCCGACUGCCGGGAACUGGGAUUCAUAAAAGCCCAGUUGAUGUGCUCCAGUUGUGAUAAAUUGGAUGACUUUGGUUUGGAGGCGAUCAAGCCCCAUUGCAAACAAUGCUGCACUUUGGAUCAGCAGCCAGCCGCCCAGAGGACCUAUGCCAAGGCCAUUUUGGAGGUCUGCACCUGCAAGUUCCGUGCCUACCCGCAAAUCCAGGCCUUCAUCCAGAGCGGCCGACCCUCCAAGUUCCCCAACCUGCAGAUCAAGUACGUGAGAGGCUUGGAUCCAGUGGUUAAGCUGCUAGAUGCCAGUGGCAAGGUCCAGGAGACACUGUCCAUCACCAAAUGGAACACGGACACUGUCGAGGAGUUCUUUGAAACGCAUUUGGCCAAGGAGGGCGGUGGCAAGAGCUCGUACAGUGUGGUAGAGGAUGCCGACGACGAUGACGAGGAGGAUUACUUGCGCACCAACAGGAUCUGAAAUUAUCAUUCCCUAAAAUAGGUAGAUUAAUAAAAUUCUCAAACUCCAACACGAA